AUGCAGUAAGACUUGUUGUUGUUGAUUUCCUCUCGCCUGGCGCCUGCUCUCUCUCUCUCUCUCUCUUUCUGUCUUCCCCUUCCACCAACCCCCUUGUCCAUUACCGCCAGCCAGACGAUGGGCACGGUCCUGUCUUUGUCCCCCGAGCCCAAGGGCAAAGGUGGCACGGUGGAAGACGGCGCGGGCAAGAGCGCCAAGGAGAAGGGGCUGAAGAAGCACUCGGUCCUCAUCUCCGCCCUGACCUGGAAGCGCCUGGUGGCCGCCUCGGCCAAGAAGAAGAAAGCCAAGAAGGUGAACCCGGGCCAGCCGCCCCAUGCCAACGAGCAUGCCAGCGGCGCCAUCAGCAGCAGCAGCAGCAGCAACAACAACAACCCGGUCAAGCAGCUCAACGAGGAGAACCUGAAGAAGUCCUGCCCUCCUGCCGGUGCUCCGCUGCAGCCCGCUGGCCAGCACAGGGCCAUCCCGGUACCCCUGCCGGUGGUCCCCCCCAGGCAGCUGGGCUCGGUGCAGAAGCAAGCCAGCGGCCGCGCCCUGGCCUCUCCCCGCCGGGUGGUGGUACAGGCGUCCACCGGGGAGCUGCUGCGGUGCCUGGGCGAGUUCCUGUGCCGCCGCUGCUACCGCCUGAAGCAGCUGAGCUCCGGCGAGGCGGUGCUCUGGUUCCGGGAGGUGGACCGAGCUCUGCUGCUCCAGGGUUGGCAAGAUCAAGGCUUCAUCAGCCCGGCGAACGUGGUCUUCGUCUACCUGCUGUGCCGGGAGGUGGUCAGCGAAGACAUCGCCAGUGACUUCGAACUGCAAGCCACCUUCCUCACCUGCCUGUACCUCGCCUACUCUUACAUGGGCAAUGAGAUUUCCUACCCCCUCAAGCCGUUCCUGGUAGAAGCCAACAAAGAGGUCUUCUGGGACAGAUGCCUCUCCAUUAUCGGCGAGAUGAGUGCCAAGAUGCUUCAGAUUAAUUCAGACCCGCAUUACUUCACUGAGGUCUUUCAAGACCUGAAGAAUGAGGCCAGCAGCAGAGACUAUAAUGGACAAUACAUUAUCAAUCUGGACCGUUAGAGACGCCCUGUCUAUUCUGUGUCUCUUAGCGAGAAAUCUAUUGUAUGUGUGUAGAGACAGACUGGGUGAUCAGGUCUAUUAGCAGGGGCUGCAGUCCCCACGUAAAGGAGACUGGGUUCUGGGAACAGAUUGAGUGGGAAUAAAAUACAAUUUGUCCCGGAAGUCAAAAUCGAGCGAAAGAUUGGCACGGAUUUUACUCUCAAUCAAAAUGGGAGCCUAAAAUGUUCACUUCACGGUGUUCCUUUCAUUUUUUUUUUAUUAAAAAAAAUGUGGUUUAUUUUCCAAUUGUGCUGUAAAUCACGGUAUCAAAGGUGAUCAUUGUUUUAAGGUCAUUUUGCGGAGGGGGGAGGGGGUCGAUCAGAAUUAAACAGGAUGCGUAUGCCAAAAAAAAACAAGAUAAACUUGUCCCCGUUUAAAUUCCAGUGUGGCUGUAGAUGGUGACGGAGCUUCAGUCAAAGUCUGUCGGACAAGUGUUGUAGAUAAGAGUGUGGAUAUAUAUAUAUAUAUAUGUAUGUAUAUAUAAAUUUAUUUAUUUUCCAAUUUUUAGGAAGGAUAAUCACAGCAGUAUUUCUGAGCGCCUUGACUGUGAGUGUGGGUGGGGUGUCUCUGAGACAGACUAGGAGAUGACGAGAGCAGUUGCUGCUCUCCAUGGUGCUGAUGCGUUCAAACCUCCUGUGUUCCAUUUUGCACAUUUUCAUCAGCAGCAGAGUCUCAUUUCUGUCAUUAUCUGAAUGUACAUUUUUAUUUUGUUUCCUCUCGGCAAAGAACAAAAAUAAAAACGGCAAAGAGGCGGGGUUAGUUGUCAAAAAAAAACGUGCCAAUUGUUGGGAUAUGAUAAAUAAUGUUGCGUUUUGUAUUGUAUUCUAAAUAUGCUGGAGCAUCAACAAAUAUAUUGCAAAAUAUGAUCCGA